AUCAGCGCGUGUGGUGUGAAGCAUUCGGUUGUGUGUCGUGUGAACUCUCCCUGUUUUCACUACUUCUGUCUCAUUGCUCUCCGCGAGUUAGCCUAGAAAAAAAUCUUGCGACCCUAAAUUGUGAUAUUUUAGUUUUUGAGUUUAAUUUAAUUUUUCCAUCGGGACCGGAAAGAACGGCUUAAAUUUUGUUAUCCUAUUUGAAUUUGGAUCCGUGUAUUUCGAGGAAAACCAGUCACUAAUAAUUUGUUGUAUGAGUCAGAAAGCCGAAAGACCAGUACUAUCAGGUCAACGCAUCAAGACCAGGAAAAGGGAUGAAAGAGAGAAGAAUGACCCCACGGGAUUCCGUGACGCGGUCAUUGCAGGUCUUGAAGCAGCUGGAGAUCUAGAACAAGUUUUCAAGUUUUUAGACAGUGCCGGUAACAAGCUUGAUUAUCGUCGCUACGGAGAAGUAUUAUUCGAUAUUUUGAUUGCUGGUGGAUUACUUGUACCCGGUGGAUCUAUUUCACAAGAUGGCGAGAAACCACGUACCAAUUGCUGUCUAUUCGCAGCAUCGGAAGACAUGGAAUCGAUGCGUAACCACGAACAGAUCUUUACGCGGCUUAUGCGUCGAUACAAGUACCUCGAGAAAAUGUUUGAGGAGGAAAUGAAGAAGGUUUUGAUCUUCAUCAAAGGUUUUACUCCACUGGAAAGGCUCAAGCUAGCGCGCAUGACGGCCCUAUGGAUUGCUAACAAUUCCAUACCGCCGCACGUGCUGCUCGUGCUGAAUAACGAGCACCUGACGAAGGAUGGUCUCGCACUCGAGUUCUUGCUCGAAGUGUUCGUAACCUUCAAGCAGGAAAAAGGCACGGCUCCGCUGGUAGCGGUUCUGCGCAAGGGCGGUCUUGAUAAUCGUCUACUGGACUUCUUGCCGAUCAACAAACGAAGCGAGGACUACUUGAAGACCGUGUUCAUCGAGAAAGAAUUAGCGGACAUCUUCAAGCUUCAUAUGGCUCAGGCGAGCCAGGAAGCCAAACGAGAACUGACACAGUUGCUGAGUGAUGAUAUUAACGAUGGCAAGUCAGCAAAAGAUAUUAUAGCCGACCUUAGGGAGACGUCGGUCAGAUCAAACAUUCCUGAACAUGAAGUUAUCGGUCUCAUCUGGAACACCAUAAUGUCACUGGCUGAAUGGAACAAAAAGGAGGAAUUGGUAGCCGAACAAGCGUUGAAGCAUCUGCGUACUUACACGCAACUGUUCGAAGCGUUCACUACCUCCAGUCGAUCGGAAAUGGCUCUACUGCUCAAAGUACAGGAGUUCUGCUACGAAAACAUGAACUUUAUGAAGGCGUUCCAGAAGAUCGUUCUUCUGUUCUACAAAACCGAGGUUGUUUCCGAGGAUUCGAUCCUCAAAUGGUACAAGGAAGGACACUCAAACAAGGGCAAAAUGCACUUCUUGGAGCAGAUGAAGAAAUUUAUCGAGUGGCUGCAAAAUGCUGAAGAAGAAACCGAAUCCGAAGAGGAGGAUUAAAUGGUGCGCCCCCCUAACAAUCCAAACUUAUGACGAAUAUCGUGAGGACACGAAGAGAGAUUCUUUAGACCCACACAGACACACACGCAUACAUUAUAUAGCGAGCGAAAUGCAACAUAUUUAUUCUAUACAAAACACACCAACCAACAACAAACAACCAACAACUUUCAUGUAAAUCAUUAAGUCUGGAAACAGAGGAGCUACCACUUCUGGCAAAUCGUGAGCCGACAAGAAAUUACUCGUGAAAUGUAAUGGCAAAUUCACUCGUGGAGAGCAUCAAACUCAUCUCUAGAAAACUAGAAAGAAAAUAGAUAAAACGGUCUACCGUGAACACAAAUUUAUACAAAAAAAAAAUAAUGAAAAUCAAUAAAAACUAAUACACACCGCAAACCGAACUAAGAUAUAGUGGAAGUUAUUUCUUCGGUCGAGAACACAACACUAGUUUGAACAAAAAAAGAAAUUGUUGCACCAAAUCGUACGUACGUUGCACCAAAUCGUAUAAUAGUGACCAUAUUGCCAUGCUUUGUGUGCACACCGACAACAAUUCUAAAAACAAACAACGGAUAUACAUAGCGGAAGUUGAAAACGAUGUAUAGUUGUAUACCUAUAUCUGCUACUGUAUAGCUUCGUAAGCUUGAAAAAAAAAAAAUAAUCAUAAAUCAGUAAACUCUCCCGUUAAGCGAAAUAGAACUAGAACCAAAAACAGCAGACCGCGGUUCGGUGCAUCAAACAGUUCAGGUAACAGCGGAAAACACUCGAAGGUAGAGCAGAGUUUGGAGUCUUCCACUUUUUUGCUAAUUGAACUAUAACCACACACACACACACAAAACAGUAUAGCACAUUGUAGAAAAACAGAAGAAGAAGAAAGUAAAACUUAUAAACGAAUUAGGUAUAUUCUAUUUAUCCCUGGAAACCAAUAAAGACUCUUCCCGGCGAUUAAUCGAUGCACGACUUGCAUUUUCGAGAUGAGGUAGAAUGCAGUGAAUUUAGCAUGAAAGUUUAAAAUUAAAGUAAAAAUAUAACAUUUUAAUAUC